CAGCUUUCUAAUUAUUAUUGGGAGUGGGUUAAGUAAGACAGAGACCCUAACAGAUUGGCAUUGAAUGGCACCAGCCAACAGAAUUGGACUUUUGAGUACCUGUUGACCACUUUAACGCGGCGAACACGUGAACGAGGUACUGCACGCACCGUUAUAAAACCUCACACCGCAGUGUACCGUCACUCGGGAAUCCAUUGGAGCUCCAUCAGCCGGAGUAAGAGUCGGAAUCGAAGUCGGAGAUGGAGGAAGGUUUAUUAUCGUCAAAGGAGAAUGGUAUCGUGUCGGAGAGGGGAGCGACGUUCAUGAUAUGGGCAGAGAUGAAGAGGUUGGGGUUUUUGGCAGGUCCUAUGGUGGCUGUUACUUUAUCACAAUUUUCGCUGCAGAUUGUAUCGUUGAUGAUGGUUGGUCAUUUGGACGAGCUCCAUUUUUCCAGCGCUUCCAUUGCCAUCUCCUUCGCCGGAGUCACUGGUUUUAGCUUGCUCGCAGGCAUGGCGAGUGCUCAGGAAACGCUCAGCGGGCAAGCUUACGGCGCUCGCCAUUAUGACAAAGUUGGAACUCAGACUUACACUGCAAUACUAUGUCUUAUCUUAGUCUGCUUUCCUAUAUCCAUUGUGUGGAUGUAUGUGGAAUCUUUGCUGAGGUUUGUUGGACAAGAUCCGGAGAUUUCGCACGAAGCAGGGAAAUUCAUAAUGUGGCUUAUUCCUACACUUUUUGGGUAUGCAUCACUGCAGCCGCUUACACGGUACUAUCAGAUGCAGAGUUUGAUUCCUCCAAUGCUGAUAAGCUCCGGCAUCACAAUCUGUUUCCACGCGAUGGUAUGCUGGAUGCUAGUUUUUAAAUCAGGAUGUGGCAGUCUUGGAUCAGCAGGCGCAAUGGGGAUUUCGACCUGGUUGAAUGUGGCCAUUCUUGGCUUGUUCAUGAAAUUCUCUUCUACUUGUGCUAGAACCCGUGCGCCUAUUUCGAUGAAGAUGUUUGAAGGUGUGCGAGCAUUCUUUGCCUUUGCAGUCCCUUCUGCCUUAAUGAUUUGUCUUGAAUGGUGGUCGUAUGAACUGCUUAUUUUGCUCUCGGGGCUUCUGCCGAAUCCACAGCUCGAAACCUCGGUGCUGUCUGUGAGCUUGAAUGUCAUUUGUACGGUAUAUGCGAUUCCAACGGGAUUGGCUUCUGCUGGAAGCACGCGAAUUUCUAACGAGUUAGGCGCCGGGAGGCCCGAGGGUGCGCGACUAUCCGUCAUUGCUCUGAUGCUUUUCACAGCUGUAGAUGCAAUAGCCGUCAGUGGCAGCCUAUUCGCCGGCAAGAAUUUAGUCGGCUGCAUCUUCAGCAACGAGAAGGAAGUCCAAGACUACAUUGCAAACAUGGCUCCUCUUCUCUGUUCAUCUGUGGUAGUCGACAAUAUUCAAGCGACUCUCUCAGGCGUUGCACGAGGCUGCGGCUGGCAACACAUCGGGGCGUGUAUCAACCUUGUGGCGUUCUACCUUUUCGGCAUUCCGGUAGCUGCCGUGCUGAGUUUCUGGUGGGAUUUCAGAGGAUGUGGGCUUUGGAUCGGGGUGUUGGCCGGCGCUGCAUUGCAGACGGCAUUGUUUGGUGCGAUCACAGCCUGCACCGACUGGGAUAAACGGGCAAUUGAGGCAAAGGAGAGGCUGUUGGAGGAGAAGCCAGAUGUAGAAGAUGCCAUCAAUUGAAUUCAGUUUCUACGUACAGUGUCUGUGUACAUGCUAUGCUGCCUGCCAGGUUAAGUUUGAUUUUUUAUUUUUAUUUUUAUUAUUAUAAGUAAAUGGAUGGUAAGAAACAAAUAAUUUAGAUAAAAGUGCACCGUUUCCGAGUUAUAUGAUUGUUUCGUGAGAUUAUUGGAAAAUAAAUAGUUGAAUUUAAAUAGUUGUUUGAUGAGGUAGAAACAGAGAUAGAUUGAUUUGAUAUUUUGAAUGUAAAAUAAAUUUGUUGUAUAAUAUAUAAAAGAAAAAUAAUUGUUUGAUGUCUAAACAGUAAAAAACAUAC